UUGCUCGCACUUCACUGUCAUUCGUGGUUGGACUGUCAAAUCGUUCGCAUCGCGUUUCGUGUUUUCGGUAAACAAAAGUUAAUUUGUGAAAAGAAAAAUCCAAAUUUCCGCAUCGAAAAAAUGGAAACAAUUUUCGAAAUCCAACGCCGGCUGCACGAGGAGUGCGACCGGCUGGUGAUGGCCAUGUCCGAGGAGCUGCAGACGCCAAAGAAAACCACCAAGGACAAAGUGCUGGCCGACCAUCGGAUCAAAAUCUACCUGGAGCGGUACCAAAGUUGCAGCAAAUCGCUGCUGGAGCUCUACCAGGACAAGGACGGCGAACGCAAGCAGGAAAUUACCAACAUGAGCGUGAACGAGUUCAAGGAGUUUUACAGCCAGUUCAAUUCGCUGGUGGAGUUCCAUCAGAACCAUGGGAAUAAUGUGGCCAUUCCGGCGUCGAUUGAGUUCUCCAAGCUGCGGGAGCAGCUGAACGAUCCGGCCUAUCUGGCCGAGGUGGUCAAAUUUAGCGACGUGGAGAACUACGGCCAGUAUCUGGAUCUGCACGAGUGUUUCGAUAAUUACGUCAACCUGAAGGGCGUGGACAAAAUCGAUUACAUUACGUAUCUGUCGGAGUUUAACCGGUUUGCGGACGUUCCCCGGAAGCAGAAGAACGUCAAGUACAAGAAGUACCUGGAGCUGCUGCACGACUAUCUGCAGGGGUUCAUAACGAGGAGCCGGCCGCUGUUUUUCGAGCUGGAACAUACGGUGAAGCGGAACGAGCUGCAGUUUGAGGACCUGUGGAAGAACGGGGAGGCCCCGGGGUGGGAGCGCGGGAAGGAUGUGGAGGAGGACGCGAUGAUCAAUUUGAACGAGUUCGGGAAGUGGGAGGAUUUGACGUAUUUGGGGCUGGAUCGGUUGAAGUCGGCGCUGCAGGCAAUAGGAAUGAAAUGUGGCGGAACCCUGGAGGAACGCGCUCAGCGCCUAUUCGCCUGCAAGGAGGACAAGAACAAGGAGAACGAACACAAACGGCUGAUGUACAACCAGAAGGACAAGGACAUCGCCCUGCUGGAGUACAAAAUCACCAAACUGGCCGAACUGGUCGACGAUCAGAUCUACGAGACGAAGAUCAACCUCCAGCGGAAGCAGGCCCGUUACACGCUGGACGAAAGCGACGAGGACAGCAUGGACGAGGUGGAAUCGGACGAUGACGAUGGAAUUCCCUACAAUCCGAAGAAUCUCCCGCUCGGCUACGAUGGCAAACCGAUCCCUUAUUGGUUGUACAAACUGCAUCAGUUGCACUUCACGUACGAGUGCGAAAUCUGCGGCAACUACAAGUACAACGGGCCGAAGGCGUUCCAGAACCACUUCUCGGAGUGGCGACACGCGCACGGAAUGCGGUGCCUGGGAAUUCCCAACACGGCCCACUUUGCCAACAUUACCAAGAUUGAGGACGCGCUGAUGCUGUGGGACAAGGUUAAGGAGCAGACCUUCUCCAAGAUGUGGGUCCCUGCGAAUGAGGAGGAGUUUGAGGAUUCGAGGGGCAACAUCCUCAGCAAGAAGGUCUAUCUGGAUCUGCAGAAGCAGGGAUUGCUGUAGGUGGGCGUUUAAAUCCGAUAAGAAUCAUUGUGUAUGUGCAUUUCUAAUCUAAUAAUAACGAUGGUGUGGCGCCAACAUUACUAAAGAGAGA